AUGUCUUUCCUUCAUGGUGUUCUGAAAACUGUGAAAGAUGAUGAUUGCGUUACAACUUAUGAUAAUUACAUCACUGAGAAGAAUGAUAAACUUCAAAAAUUACUCCAAGAUCUCCACUCUUCCAUUGGCCAGGGACGCAGUGUCUUUGGUGAGCGGGUUAAAGAGGUUGGCGGAAGAACAUUGAGCGUUACAAAUGCUUUAGGUGAGUUGAAAGAUGAGAAAAUUACAUAUUUCAUUGAUUAUGUUUCAGGUAAACAAGGCGACAAGCUUCAAGACCAAUUGAAGACAUGGACUUCCGUCCUCGGCAGCAUAAAUGAUCACAUUAACACCAACAUAAUCACUAAUGUUGAUAGAUUAGACCCCGCACUUAGCGAUAAGAUACUGCGUCAAAUUGAGCCCGUGCAGAAGGUGGUGGCGCACUUGGGGGGGGUGGCAACUGAUCCUAACCUGGGUGUUCAGGUGAAGGACGUAGAUAAGGCCCUGGCAGAGCAAAGGAAGAAUAUCCUGGACCAAAUUAAAAUGACGUCCACGGAUCUCCAACUCAGGUUAACCGAGGAGUGCGACAAAAUAUUUACAGACAUAAUGGAUCUGAGUGGAAGAAAGGACGAUCGUUUCAGUCACAUUAAGAAAACAUUGCAAGCUGCCAGGGAUGUUGUUGCAAGUUUUGACAAUGAGUAUAAGAGAGAAGUUCUGCAAAUUAUUGCUAGGUUAAAAAUUGAAAUGACUGAAAUAUACAACGGUGAAACAGGAAAAUGCCCGCUUGAAAUGGAUGUUGACAUUAUUGUAUCGACGCUUCUAAAGUUUGAUGACAAUCUGCACGCCUCUAUUAAAGAUUUUGGGGAACGGCUUGCAGCCGCCAAAAAAGCGAUUAAUGAAGCUCAGAAAGAUGUCAGCAGAAUAAAUGAAGAGGCGAAUGGAGACUCCACGAGUAAGAAGGGAAAACUCGAAAAGGUAGCACACGAUUUAGAAAAGACGAAAAAAGCUCUAGAUGAUUAUGUGAAGACUGAGAUAACUGAUGGGCUUGAGGUGUUGGCGGCAAAAGCGCAAACAAAGGUCAGAGAGUUAGAAGAUGCUUUGAAUGAAGACCUAAAGAAAGUGAAAAAUCAGAUUAAGACUCAGUUGGGGGAGUAUGUUCAGAAGGUUGGCGGAGAACUUUUGGAGGCUUCGAAGAAAGCUAAAUACCCUGAUGAUAAUGAAGACACCGGCCCCAAGCCCGCUUUCGCAGCUUUGCAAAAUAUAACUGUAUUAAAGGAUGCACUCAGCAACGCAGACAUACAACUUCAGAAAAAUAUAGAGUUUGCUCUGGAUGUCCUUAACGACACCACCGGAUUUGAGGGAUGGAAAGCGGACAAAACGAACUCCAUUAUCAAAGCUGUGCAAGGAGAACUUAGGCAGGUGGUUGAAAAAGAGUUGCCAAAUGGCGAUGGUGACUUCACGCCCACCAGUCAAAUUUCCUUUGACAAGUUUAAGAAUUAUCAUGGCGGUAUGGAUGGUAAUCAAAAGAAAAUUGGCAAGAAAAAUGAGCUCAUAAGUUCCAUAACAUCCAUUUCCAACUUAGCGUCUGGCUUUAGCGUUAAAGUAACCAAUGAAGCUCUCGAUAAUUUGUCAUCCGACAUAAUCAAAGAACUUAGCGACUUGAUGCGUGAGUUUUCCAACUCUGCCGCGUAUGUCACGGCCAAUUUUAAUCAUUUAAAAACUGACACCAUCGACAAAAAUCUCGGCAAAAUUAAAGAAGAAAUAUACCGUCUCAAGACAGACCAUGUUGAAGUUAUGACACGUUACAUAAACUCUGUCCUAGCAAAAGUCAGCAGGUUGGAGGAGCUACCAGGCUUGGUUGACGAAGCUCGAAAGGCGGCGGAAAAGAAAAUGGAUGAGUUGAAACUAGACAUCGAAGGUGUCGUUACCGCCAUAGAAUUGGCUGUUGGGCUUGCCAACGACGCAUUAAUAAGUUCCAUCGCUAAGCUCUACAACUCUGUUGAAAUAAUUCGUCAGACAUUAAAAGAUUCAAUCACCAAACUCAAAGAGACCCUGCUUAAAACUGCGGAAGAUGCUUUCGAAAAUGUCACAAAAGAAGUAAAGAUGCUGCUCGUUAUCCAACACGCCGCCGACCUCCAGGCCCUGCGCGCGCUCGUCGAAACGCAACUGCGGGAAGUGCAAAACAUAAUCGCGCGGGACGCAGUCACGGGCGUGAAGGGUCUUUUACAAACCAUAAAUGGGAUGUCUCUUGUUCUAAACAAGCAUAAAGUUCUCGAGUUUAGAAAGUUUUCAAACACUAAGCUUGAGAAAAUUCAAGAAUCUGUAAAAGAUGUUACAACUCCAUUUAAGAUAACACAUUUCACGGCACUAGCAAAAGCAUUCCACGAUUAUUUCUCUCCAAUUCACCAGUACAUUAAGGACCAAAUUACAGCGCAACUUAAAGAAAAGUCUCUGCCUGAGACGGCAGACGACAACCUUAAUAACCUUAACACUGUUAACUCUAAUUUUGACAAAUUACUUAAUCACCUAAAAGCAGAAGUAACAUCACCUAGACACUACAUUUUCAACAAAGAAUUCGUCGACCUACGUGAUAAACUUUCCACCUCCCUCACCUCUCUAUCCCCUUCCCAAUUCGCAAACCCGCGGCACCCGGAGCUGCUGGACGCCGUAGGGAAAGCACUGCAGGGAUUCACAGGGGAGCUUCAGAAGGCGUAUGUUAAUAGGUAUGAUGGAGGGGAGAAAAUCACUUGGGGCAAACAAGGCGCUAUAGCAACCGUGUACAGCACUCAUGUCCAGUGGAAUACUGAGUUCACUGAGGAGGGUCGAAAGGCCGCUAAAGUUUUCCUUAGCAUUUUAAGAAUGAUGUACGAAAAAUUGUAUAAAUUACGAGAUGAAUGUGGAAGCGUGUGGAAAGACAAAUAUAUCUGCGAAACAGAUAGCAAGGGAGACAAUCCACUUGGAAGUUUCCUGAAAGGCUGUGGAUUCCGUGUCGCCGAAAAUGAAGGGUCCAAGAAAGGGGAGUUGAAAUUUCCCUACACCCAAUUCAAAGGCGAGGGAAUUAAGAAUUUGCUGCCAUUGACCUCCACGUUGAAGUCUGGCACCCGUGGUGUCUUGGACAUUUUCGAUACUCUUUUAACUCACCUAAACCAAUUUAAUCAAGUCGGCCACGCUAAACACAUCCCGUCACCUAGAACCCCUUGCAGCAUUUUUGAAAUGCUCUGCUGGGCUGCCGGUCUCGCUCAUAACUCCGUAUUUGAGAAACUCCAAACCUACUGCAAUGCGUACGAUACCACAGAUAAUAAGCAAGAUGAUCCUGAUUUCAAAAAUCGCCUAUCGGUGGACGUGGAUCAUGGCUUACAUAAUUUAUGCAGAUAUUCACAUAAAAUCCUCACUACCAUCCUCGGCACCGGCGACGAGGAUACCCUCUACGGUGUUGAAUUAUCGAACAACUCUCUUAAUCUUAAAUAUCCCACGGGCGGUGCAGAGUGUUUACAUACAUUGCUUGAUAUAUUGCGUAGACUAUUACCGACGUUACGAUUUAUAAAACGCAAAUGUAAACUCAGUACUCAGCACGGAGGCUGGGAGCAGUGCCAAUACGGCAGGGAUGUCAUGACAUCCAAGUGGUCAUGUAGUAAGCACACAACGUCUGAAUCCACUUGCCAGGCAAAUGGUCAGGCAAACACAGAACCAAAUUGCCAGGCAAAUGACCAAGCAACGUGCCAACCUAGAUCACCACUAAUGAGUUACCUAAACGAUUGCUUGCCUGGUCACAUGCCGCACCAAUUACAGUCGGUGGGAUGUACAUCGAAAUGUACAACAUGUCCUGGUAGUACACCCGGAAUGCCUUGCUUGACUCCAUUAGGGUUUAGAGGCUUCUCGGGUAGUACCAAAAUGGGCAAAGACAUAUGCUAUGUUAUGAGAAAAUUCUUCAGUAGUGCUAAACUUUCAUCCUUAUUUUGCGUGGCCCCCAGGCCGCCUUCCACAUUGCCCGAGCACAUCGAAUUUGCUCUGUGCCUUGUUAACGGGUGGCAGAAAGAUGUUGCACCGGAGGAAGUACCAUUUCAAAAACGUAUGCACACAUCCAUUGAAAAUCUAUCCAUUAAAUUAGUUGACAAACCGAAUAUUCUUACCGAUGCCAUCAUUUCUGCAUAUGGAUCGGAUUACGUUGACCACGACAGCUGCGAUAACCACCACCUUUCUAGUCUUACAUCAUUCGGCGCGUGUUACAAAAACAAGGAACAAUGUGCUCCUUACCUCUCAUCAAUGUGCCGUGAUUCAUACGACUACUUCGCCAAGAAGCAUUCUAACACAUAUUUGUCAUGGUCUGUUUAUUUGCCGUGGACAUUUUGGGAUCUACUCAACAAUCUCUAUAAUGCAUUCUGCGACAUCAACUGCCAUGACUGGGGAUGUCGUGGUUGUCUCCGCGGUGAUGGAUGCAAGAGAGGCAAGCAUGGUGUCGUUGAAGAUGAGAAGAAAGAUGUUACCUGUCAGUGUGAUUCAAUAGUGAAAUGCAGAGGCGUGGCACCGACGCUCUACCAAUAUGGAUUCAGCUUCGGCGAGGCGUCGACGUUGAAUGGUGGUAGCACAGCGAAGAAGUGUAAGGAUUUCUGUAGUCAGUUGAAGAAAGUGCUGCAGUCACAGUAUUUCAAGGAUUUGUUCAAGGAGUGCGACAAUUUCCUGAAAGAAAUCAGAUUCCCCUUCAUGUUAUUAUUGUUAGCCCUCUGGUCGCUGUCGCUCCUGUACCUGCUGCACAUCGCCGUCGUCCGCCUCGACGUCCUGAGGAUACGCUCCCACCUGCGCUCGCCCUCGUCGCACCGCAUCGCCGCGCAGUCACUGCUCGCCGCGGCAAGAGUCGGCAAGCUCAGCAAGCUACGGUACUUCUCACCAUAA